AUGUUCCUCCUCGUCGGCCGCUCUUUCCCACGUCAGACCGCUUUCCUCAUCACCCUCACUUUCCCUCAUCACCCUCACCGACCCUCUAGUCGCAUAUGUUCCCCUAGUCGCCCUCACCCACAUUCCCUCUCGUCGCUCGCGCUUCCCCUCAUCACCCUUGCCGACCCUCGCCGCCCUUGCCUCCCCUCGUCGCCCGCGCGUCCCGUCGUCGAGCUUGCCUCCCAGUCACUCGCGCUUCCCCUCGUCAUCCGCGUUUCCAUCCGCUCUUCCCCUCUCCCCAUCUCACCAUCUCCAGCCCGUCCUACCUUCCUCAUUCCUUCCAAAGGGGUGGAACAGAGGGGGAGGAACAAAUGGGGAGGAACAAAUGGGGAGGAACAGAUGGGGAGGAACAGAUGGGGAGGAACAUAUGGGGAGGAACAGAUGGGGAGGAACAGAUGGGAAGGAACAGAUGGGGAGGAACAGAUGGGGAGGAACAGAUGGGGAGGAACAGAUGGGGAGGAACAGAUGGGGAGGAACAGAUGGGGAGGAACAGACGGGGAGGAACAGAUGGGGAGGAACAGAUGGGGAGGAACAAAUGGGGAGGAACAGAUGGGGGAGGAACAGAUGGGGAGGAACAGAUGGGAGGAACAGAUGGGGAGGAACAGAUGGGGAGGAACAGAUGGGGAGGAACAGAUGGGGAGGAACAGAUCCCCUCUCUACUCCCCACCAUCCUCCCCCCAGCUCUCUCCCCGGCAUCUGCCCCCGUUUCCCCCAUCCUCUUCCCUGUUUCCCCGUAUCCCCUGCCGUGGUUCCCCCCAUCCUAUCCCCUCUUACCCCGUAUCCCCUGCCCUGCUUCCCCCCAUCCCCUUCCCUGCUUCCGCCCAUCCCUCCUCUUGCUUUCCCCCAUCCCCUGCCCUGCUUCUCCCCAUCCCCUUCCCUCUUCCCCUCAUCCCCUUCCCUGCUUCCCCCCAUCCCCUUCCCUCUUCCCCUCAUCCCCUGCCCUGCUUCCGCCCAUCCCCUGCCCUGCUUUCCCCCAUCCCCUUCCCUGCUUCCCCCCAUCCCCUUCCCUGCUUUCCCCCAUCCCCUACCCUACUUCCCCCCAUCCCCCACCCUGCUUCCCCUCAUCCCCUUCCUUGCUUCCCCCCAUCCCCCUCCCCUUCUUCCUCCCAUCCCCUUCCCUGCUUCCCCCCAUCCCCUUCCAUGCUUUCCCACAUCCCCUGCCCUGCUUCCCCUCAUCCCCUUCCCUGCUUCCCCCCAUCUCCUUCCCUGAUUCCCCCCAUCCCCUUCCCUGCUUUCCCCCCAUCCCCUUCCCUGCUUCCUCCCAUCCCCUUCCCUGCUUCCCCCCAUCCCCUUCCCUGCUUCCCGUCAUCCCCUACCUUGAUUCCCCCCAUCCCCUUCCCUGCUUCCCCCCAUCCCCUGCCCUGCUUUCCCCCAUCCCCUUCCCUGCUUCCCCCCAUCCCCUUCCCUGCUUCCCCCCAUCCCCUUCCCUGCUGCCUCCCAUCACUCUCAUUCUCCUUCCUCCCACAUUCACUCUCUCAGUCAUCUCGCACUCCCUCUCUCUCUCCGUCCUCUCGCACUCGCACUCUCCUUCCCACCACCCUCAGCCCUCCUUCCCCUCACCCUCUCCCCUGUUCCCACCUGCCCUCCAUAUCCCUGCCUUUCCCUCCCUGCCCUACCCUUCCCUUCUCCAUCCCUUCUCAACCCUUCCCUUUCAUGUCAUGCCCUCCCCUUUGUCAGAAUGUUAUUAUCUAG